CUCUAUUCUGAUAAACAGCUUCGAGUUCUAGGUCAACAACUGAAGUACUGCAGAAAUCAUUCUUUUCUGAAUGCCAGCUCUUCACAGCAGAGGAUCCUGAUGACAUCACAUCCUCUCCUAUAAGUUACACAAGCUGCCUCCAACGUGCAGUGAGAAACAUCACCCGCGCUCCGCUGCACCGCCCCGAGGACCAUGGCCGGGUCUCCUGCACUGCUCCUCCUGCUCAGCCUGGGGCUCUGCUGCACUGGUGCCCAGGAACAGAGGAACAAGAUGGAGGCCAGGUUCCUCAACAGGAAUUUGAAGCACCCCCAGCAGGGAGAGCGGCUGGAGCUGGAGUGCCUGCAUAAUGAGAGAUACAGACCUCUCUUCUGGAUCCGACUGGAGAAAGAUGGGAGACUUCACUUCAUUGCCUCCUACUACCCAUGGUACUCUACCACCUAUUAUUGGGGUGACAAAAAAUCUACACAGUUUGAGGCAUCACUGAGGGACACCUUCAGACUGGUGGUGAAGUCCUUCAGGGCACAGGAUGAGGGCACCUAUUUCUGCGUCAGCGACAUCAACCAGGUGCUGCACUUCAGCUCUGGACAACCCGCCUUCUUCCCAGUCACAUCUACGGCAGCACCCACCACACACACAGCCACCACCCAGAGCAGCCAGGUCACCACGAAAGACAACGCACAACCGGGCCCUCAUGCAGGAACAAGCAAUGAGAACACACCAAGAUUCUACUGUAAAAUGGUCAUGUGGAUUAACCUGGCUGUCACCGGCCUCCUGCUCCUCACUGCCAUCACCAUCACCAUCACGCACUGCCAAAAUGCUCUCAUGCUAAGAGCAGGAAGGGUCAGCAGUGCUGCAAUCAGCACAGCCACGCGUCACACGCGCUCACCACAAGCCGAUCGCUUGCAGGACCAAGCUCAGCGUAAGCAAGCAGUGCUGCGUCGCUGCUCAGCAGAAGGCACACAGGCGUCCUCCUCCAGCACCGCACUGAUCCCACCAGCAGCACACACAGCUGCCCUGAUGCAGCGCCGCCGUUUGGCUGAUCCUGCUCAGUCUACGCCUCGAUCACAUCCAAAACUCAGCUCCCACACCCCAACAUCCCUCUCACUGCUGAAGUAUUCCUCAUUAAAUGCAUCUAAUUCUUAAUGCUCUCAGUGUGUUCUUUGAAUUCAUUCAUAGUUCUCACAGGGGCAGAGGGAUUGAGCAUUCUACAAUCAACACCAGUAAUGGUUAAAUAAAAGAAGUCAACUCCCAGCUAUAUUGAAAUAUAUAUGGUUGUCUGAGCAGGGAGCCCUGGUGGGAAAUCUCUCCCAGCUUUUCCAACUGAAUUCCCCUCUGCAGGGAACGAGAUCAUUCAUCUCAAACUCACGACCUCCUGAGCACAGUCCAAAACAUGUCACAAUCUCCCAUCCCUCCAGGAUUUUGUAUAUCUUCUCCACAGCUAUACAUCAUUGAUUAAUUGAUUCAUGAAAAUAAAUAAUUUAAAAUCAAUUUCACCACAGCCAUUACUAAUAAUAAAUGAUGAUGCCUCUGUUUUUAAGGGUACUAAGAAUCUCCAAACCUGAGAGCUCAUCUCCCUUUCCCAGCUCUCACAGUUGCACUAUCAGUGCUGCUGAUGGUCGCUGCUCGGCAGAUGAGCACUGAGCACAACUUUGUGUAAGUGGAUCAGCCACCUUGGCUGACUUCAGUUACCCCACUCUAACUGGCUUCACAGCAGCUUUCCUUACUCACCCAAAUGCUUUCAGGCCCAAUUAAAUAAGCCCAGCCAUAAACAGACAAUUUUGGCCCAAUUUCUCACCAAACAGCACUUUCAUCAGACAGCAGGGCCAGGAUUCUGGCAUCAGGAACAGGGGGAACAUUUGCAA